GAGCAGCGGGAGCAGCGGGAGCAGCGGGCCCGGACCCCCGCCGCCCCCGCGAGCAAGGCGCCGCCAUUCCGCUGCUCGGGGCGCCGCCACCGCCGCCGCCGCGUCCGGGGGCCAUGCUCCCGCCGCCCCCGCGCCAGCCGCCGCCCCAGGCGCGCACGGCCCGCGGCUCCCUGCGCCUGCAGCGGGCUUUCCUGCGCGGCCCGCUGGGCGUGCUGCGGCUGCUGCAGCUGCUGGCCGGAGCCGCCUUCUGGAUCACCAUCGCCACCAGCAAGUACCAGGGCCCGGUGCACUUCGCGCUCUUCGUGUCGGUGCUCUUCUGGCUGCUCACCCUGGGGCUCUACUUCAUCACAUUGCUGGGCAAGCAGGAGCUGGUGCCCGUGCUGGGCUCGCGCUGGCUCGUGGUCAACGUGGCGCACGACCUGCUGGCGGCCGCUCUCUACGGGGCCGCGACGGGCAUCAUGAUCGACCAGACGCAGCGCCACAGCUACUGCAACCUCAAGAGCUACCGGCUGCCCUGCGCCUACCAUGCCUUCCUGGCGGCCUCUGUCUGCGGCGGCCUCUGCCUCGGCCUGUACCUGCUCUCGGCACUCUAUGGCUGCUGCCGUCGCUGCCAGGGCAAGGAGGAGGUGGUGUGAGGCCACCCGCUUCACCGCGGCCCAGAUCGGUUCGGGGAUCCCUCCCAAACCCUUCCUGCCGCCGCCCCGUGCCGGUGCUCCCCUGCACCCUCUCCCUGCC